UUCUUAUCGUCUCAAGUUCAUUCGGUGCAAAGGGGGCUAAUUAAUCUCAAUUUUCCCCAUUCCUAGGCAACCAUCCCGUUAGCGGUGGAUUUCAGCCUUGACGGUGGAUACUUCUCUUGAUAUAAGAACGCUUCUUCACUCGAACGCCAGUUCUCGUCCCAAAAUCCAGGCAUGUUGAAUUCCCUCGCAGCCAUGGAUUCUCAGCCUUCGUUUCUACAUUUGCCCCGGGAGGUCCGGGACAUGAUCUAUAGUUACGUCCUCGACGACGUCGAGUUCAGCAAUGCCUUUACGUCUCAAACCGCUUAUUCUCCGCAAAACUUUCCUCUUCUUUACAUUCAUAAAGUCAUAUCAGAAGAUCUCCAACCUCGGCUCUACAGAAACCACUCUAUUGUCAUACCUAUUCAAGAACCGAGCACAUAUGCCACUGGAGACUGGAGUAUCGUCCCUAGGAUUGCCUGCUCAAAAAUGAUGAAGCAACGCUCCAAAACUCUCAUCAUUGAAAUGUCCCAGACGACUAUCUCCUAUUAUCCAGAUUCCGAUCUUGAAGAAGAUGAAGAUGAAGAUCCCGUGGAGGAUCGGUCUUUCUGGGAACAUGAAGGCCGAGGGGGGAAGAUGUUUCCCCAAAAGCUCAUCAACGAUAUUCUCGCUGUGAAAUCAAAGCUGCCCUCUGUCACAACUCUCAAACUUGUCUUCUGGUUCGGAUACUGGAUAUCAUACGUUGAACAUUGGGAGAAACAUCUCAAGAGACUCAAGGAUAAAUGGCCAGAAUUGUUCUUGAAAGUCCAGCUUAAUCUGUUCGAUUUCAAGGACCCUGAUGCUGGUGAUACUGGAUGGAACUUUAUCGAGAGCUGGUAUUGGUGGUCGUUGAAGGCGGAGGGGGUAUGGUUUGAGGCGAAUAACUUUAAAUGGAAGGAUCAUAUGGAGGGGGAUUUUCGAGGUCGGAAUAUCAACGUGUCCAUCUGGCAGGAUGCUCUUGAUUACGAAUAUAAUGAAUUGGAUGGGCUUCUUCAUCCUACUGGUUGUGAAGUACGGCCUAUGUUUGCUAGGACAUGUGAUCUGGAUGGUCGCGUGAAGCCAUAUAUAUAGUCAAUAUG